AUGGAAAAGACCAAUGAAGGAGCACAAAAUCAAACAAAAGUGAUGGAAUUCAUUCUUCUUGGCUUCCCUGGAUCUCAUUAUAUACAAAUGUUUGUCUUUAUUAUCUUCCUUACUAUGUACAUUCUAACAGUUUUGGGAAAUGUUGUGAUCAUCAUUCUCAUAAUCUCAAAUCAGUGUCUCCAUACUCCCAUGUAUUUCUUCCUUUGCAAUCUCUCUUUUCUGGAAAUGUGGUAUACAACAGCCUCUGUUCCAAAGGCCCUUGCCACCGUUCUUGGAUGGAAUAAAGCCAUUUCUUCCACUGGCUGCAUUAUGCAGAUGUACUUUGUUUUUUCUUUGGGAUGCACAGAAUACUUUCUGCUAUCUGUCAUGGCUUACGACCGAUAUUUGGCCAUAUGUUAUCCACUGCGUUAUACCAUCAUCAUGAGAUUCAAUUUAUUUAGCAUGCUAGCAGCUUGUUCUUGGCUCUGUGGAUUCAUCAUUAUUUCCGUGCCAACUUUUCUGAUCUCAAGAUUAACUUUCUGUGGACCCAAUGUGAUUAAUCACUUCUAUUGCAAUAUUGAUUCCUGGAUAGUUCUUGCUUGCAGCAGCACUUAUGAUGUUGAAAUGGCAGCCUUUAUUAUAUCCAUCUUUGUUAUACUGGGACCCUGUGCGGUAACUCUAUUUUCCUACAUUUAUAUAAUCUCUACCAUCCUGCGUAUUCCUUCAGUCAAAGGGCAGCAAAAAGCAUUUUCUACAUGCUCCUCCCAUCUUGCUGUUGUCAUCAUCUGGUAUGGUUCCACUAUUUUUCUCUAUGUUAAGCCUUCUAAACGGACUUCUUUAGAAAUGACCAAAAUAGUGAACAUUUUGAGCACAGUUGUAACUCCAUUGCUGAAUCCUUUUAUUUACACACUAAGAAACAAAGAAGUAAAGGAGGCAUUUAAGCAUACACUAUAUUGGCAUUAA